AUCUCCCUACCAUCCCAGCAGUGUCUCUUUUAACCCUCCAUCAUGUCUGCUAACGUGGUAAAAGCCCUAGAGAGAUUCACAAGCUGCGACGUUGCCGAUGCCCUUAUCAAACUGAAGGUCCCUCACGGAGGCUUCCUCCCUGGUCUUACGAUGUGGUCUCCAAAGCGGCAAGAAGGUGCCACCAAGAUCAUUGGCCCUGCGUAUCCAGUAAAGUAUGUGCGAAAGACCGACGACAACGAACCAAAACCGCAAGGUCACUAUCUUGAUUCCGUGCCGCAGGGUGCUGUUGUCUUCAUCUCCGCGCCGCCGAAGAUGAUCAAUGCGUGCUAUGGGGGACUGAUGAGUACGCGGGCGCAAUAUGCCGGAGUUGCCGGAACAGUCAUCGAUGGGAGACUACGCGAUCUCCAAGAACACCGAGAUCUGGAAUUUCCAGUCUUCGCGCGCGACGUCGGCACGACGGCACCACAAGAAAUCGCACGCGUGAGCGAGGUAAACGCGCCCGUCCGUUUCAAUGGUGAGGACCAAGACACCACGAUCCAUCCCGGCGACAUUCUGAUCGCGGAUUUGAAUGGCGUGGUGUGCUUACCGCGGGCCCUCGCCGAACAGGUUCUGGAUCUCAUGCCUUCGCAGGUCGAGGCUGAUGAGAAGAUGGCGGAAGAUAUCCGACAAGGCGCAACUUUUUCGGAAGCUGCGGAGAAGCAUAGGGCUGAUGUGAAGAUGCCGAAGCUUGCGUGAUGGUGAGGGAUAUUCGUAGGAAGCACGACAUU